AUGGAGGGUGCAAACACCGUGGUUGAACAACCUGCGGCAUCACCGUCCAAGUUCCCGUUGAGCUUUUGGGAAGCCACGGUGGCUUCAACGGUGGCGUUGAUUUUUGCGGUGGGUAUUCUUGGCGUGUACCUCACCAUGCCCGAUUCCGAUUAUAGCUUCCUCAAGCUCCCCCGCACCCUCCAAGACCUUCAACUCCUUCGAGAUGACCUUGAGAGCUACACAAGUGACUACACUGCACAAGUCUUGGUGGGGUAUUGCGUGGUAUAUAUUUUCAUGCAGACUUUCAUGAUUCCAGGAACUGUGUUCAUGUCAUUGCUUGCUGGAGCACUCUUUGGAGUUUUUAAAGGAGUGGCUCUGGUUGUGUUCACUGCCACAGCAGGAGCUUCUUCAUGCUACUUCCUGUCUAAACUGAUUGGACGUCCAAUUCUCUCUUCUCUUUGGCCUGAAAAGUUGAAAUUCUUCCAAACUCAGGUGGCUAGAAGGAGAAAGAGUUUGUUGAACUACAUGCUGUUUCUGAGAUUGACUCCGACCCUGCCCAACACAUUUAUUAAUUUUGCUUCACCAAUUGUGGAUGUGCCUUAUCAUAUCUUCUUCUUGGCAACUGUUAUUGGACUGAUACCUGCGGCUUAUGUCACUGUCAAGGCUGGGUUAGCUCUUGGAGAGUUAAAAUCCGUGGCAGAUCUCUAUGAUUUCAACUCAAUUGCUACCUUGUUCCUCAUUGGUGUAGUGUCAGUUACACCCACCCUAAUGAACAAGAACGAAUCAUAG